UCAAAUCAGAUGUGUCAAAAUUUUACACAAAAUUACAAGUUUUAGCUUAUUGGGCGUAUUUAUUUAUUUAUUGAAAACUAAAUCCAUUCAAUGGCUUUCUUCCUGAUCCGCUUGGCUUUGGUGGCCGGUGCAGUUUAUGGAACCCAAGAGCUGGGAAUUUGGGAAAACUCCCACCACACACAGGUGCUCUUCGAAGGCGCCAAACGGGAGGUGAGUCCCUACACCGAGGACCUGAUGAACCGAUUCUGCUGCUGGCGCUGCGACAAGUGCAACGAGAAUGUGGAGGUGAAGCCCUGGCAGGAGUCCAUGGUGGAUGCCUGGAAUGAGACGAUCAAGAAGACGUUCAACGCCUUGGGCGUCCAGGUUCCCUUCUAUUACAAGCGAUUCUCGGAUGACUUACAGCGGAGUAUCGACGACAUGGUGCACGAAAAGGUGGAAGUAGAUACCAAUGCUAAGGAUCCCAAAAGUAAAAAAUAGUCAUACGCCAAAUUUGUAAUUAAAAGUCUCUCAUCAGUUUUUCCGGACAACAAACAAAAUAAA